AAGAAGGAGAGGACGGUUCUGUUGUUUCCUUUCUUUUUCCUCUUCAACAAUGUCUAAGGUGAAUCAUCUGAGAGAGUUUAUCGGUCAGCGACUAACAGCAGCUGCUGUAGAAAUAUUGUCAGUGUUUGAAAAAAGCAUCUUGGAGUAUGAAGAAGAGCUCGACCGUCAGCGCAGACUGUUGGACCUCGCCUGGAAACCUGAAAUCAGACUCCACAGAGUCGAACUCACACAAGAAAAUGUUUGUAAGGUGGAGGAGGACGGGGUUUUCAUUGACCAGCACCUCGAUAAUCUGGAGAGGGGCUGCAGCCCGGACCAGGAGGAACCAGGGCAUCCACAGACUACAGAACUGGAGGAAGACUCCAGCGGUCAGGAGAUUAAGCAGGAGGACGUAGAGGUGGAUGUCUCAUUGGUCAAUGUUGCUGUUGUGAAAGAUGAGGAAGGGACUGAAAGUUUACGCUCAGACUCCAGUAAACCUGCAGAUCCGGAACCAAUGAGACGACACGGUGACCCCGAAGAUGCUGCUGUCCCGUCAGACAGCAACUGUAAAUCAAAGCUGACCAGGACCCACACGAGGAAGAAGGCAUUUUCUUCCAGCACUUGCAGGAAAGAGUUCAGUAAAAGUAGUAUUUUAAUGGAUCACAUGAAGAUCCACACUGGCGAAAGGCCGUACUUGUGCAACACCUCCGGCAACACAUUUACUCAUUUAUCACAUCUUAAACACCACAUAACCACGCACAUGGGCGAGAAGCCCUACAUCUGCAAAACAUGUGGAAAGAGUUACAAGCAACGUUCCCACCUGGUGGCUCACUCGAGGACCCACACUGGCGAAAGGCCGCACCUGUGCAACACCUGCGGAAAAACCUUUACUCAAUCAUCACUUCUUAAACGCCACAUAACCACGCACACGGGCGAGAAGCCCUACAUCUGCAAAACAUGUGGAAAAAGUUACAGGCUACGUUCCACCCUGGUGGUUCAUUCGAGGACCCACACUGGCGAAAGGCCGCACCUGUGCAACACUUGCGGAAAAACCUUUACUCAAUCAUCACUUCUUAAACGCCACAUAACCACGCACACGGGCGAGAAGCCCUACAUCUGCAAAACAUGUGGAAAAAGUUACAGGCUACGUACAACCCUGGUAGUUCACUCGAGGACCCACACUGGCGAAAAGCCGUACCUGUGCAACACCUGCAACAAAACCUUUACUAGAUCAUCAGCUCUUAAACGGCACAUAACCAUGCACACGGGCCAGCAGCCCUACAUCUGCAAAACCUGUGGAAAAAGUUACACAGAACGUUCCAACCUGGUGAUUCACUCGAGGACCCACACCGGCGAAAGGCCGUACCUGUGCAACACCUGCGGAAAAACCUUUAGUAAUUCAUCAGUUCUUAAACGGCACAUAACCACGCACACAGGCGAGAAGCGGUAUUUGUGCAAGAUGUGCAACAGAGGUUUUAACCGCAGAAUUCUUUUUCUGAGUCACAUGAAAAGUCACCCAGAGGAGAAGUCUGGUGACUCCGGGGGGCAGCUGUCCACUCUUGUCUGGCCCAUAAAAGAAGAACCCGCAGAAGUCCAACCACCACCUCCUGUGGCUGAUGAGCCUAAUCCCCUCCCCACAAGGGUUGCAGGUCCAACCUGGAUUUAUGCUUCUCCGUCAACUUGACACAGAGGGAACGAUGUGGUUGUGUACUUUUUUUUAAAGUUCUGCAUUGAGUUUGUUUGUAUCCCUGUUCCUUCUUAAAAUUGUAUUAAUUGUUGCUGUUGGUAACUUGCCGUCUCCACCGUGCAAAUAAAGAGCUGUUAGUAUGUGCGGAAGUUUCUUUGAACGUGACAGUUUAUUUCGUUCAUCUACAAAGCCUCUCACACACGUCCUUUUUCCCGUCUGUCUCUUCUUCACUCACAUUCUCUUUGUAAAGUUAAUCUGCAGCUCCAUGUUGUUAAACUCUCACCAUCUACUCCGUUCAGAGGUUAUAUAUUGUGAUGUUAUACAUAGUUCGCUGAAAACUGUAAAAGGCUGUAUACCUUUUUAAAAUCUGAGCUGCGCGUACAUCAGAUUAUCGUAAUAAUUCAUGGGACAA